CUUUUGCUAUAUAAAUUAGUCUUUUCUUGAAUCUCAAACUGAUCUGUUGUGUUCUCGGAAGAUACGCGAAUAAAAGAGUAUAAGAGAAAAAUUGUAUUUUUUUCAUUUGAUGCAUAAUGGCAAAAUUAGCGAUAUUAAUAUUCGCUGUUUGCCUUGUUGCUUAUGCAACUGCAGCUGGAGAUUGUCCAUCAUAUUCUAAAGUACAAACAUGUACACCAAAAUGUGUACAAGAUAGUGAUUGUAGUGCUAUUGCCGGUAAAUGUUGUCCAAAUUUAUGUAAUGCAAGAUCAUGUGUACAACCGAAUGCAUUAAAUAAAGAUGGUAAUACAGCAAGUAAUAAAUAUGGUGGUGGUGGUUCAUCAUAUUGUGGCAAUGUUAAAUGUCAAAAUGGUGAAAAAUGUGAUCAAGAUAAAGCAACAAAACGACCAAAAUGUGUCAGAGCAUAAAUGAAGUUUAUAAAUUUUUUUUAAUUGUUUUUUUCUUAUUAUUAUAAUUUGGACGGAAUUAUUUAAUAAUUUUAUAUAAGUUUUUUUCUUUUUCUAUAAUAUAUUUUUUUUAUAUUUUAAUAACAUAAAUUUAAAAAAAAAAUAAAUAAAAACAGAGUCAAUAAUUGUUUAUAUAUUAUAUGUACUUUUAGUUUAAAAAACAAA